AUGGAGUCAUCUACUCUUCUACUUCCGAUCAUUGACCUUUCGUCGCCGGACAAAAUCUCCACCGCACAAUUGAUCCGCCGGGCAUGUCUCGAUCAUGGAUUCUUCUAUCUCAUGAAUCAUGGUGUUUCGGAAGAGAUGAUCAAGAAAGUGUUGAGCGAGAGCAAGAACUUCUUCUCUCUUCCUCUUGAUGAGAAGAUGGUGAUGGCUCGCAGUGAUCUUCGUGGUUACUCACCUUUAUUCGACGAGAAACACGAAUCUUCCUUGACCUCCAAAGGUGAUUCCAAGGAGAUGUUCACUUAUGGAUCUUCACAAGGAGUUUUGGGUCAACUUUACCCUAAUAAGUGGCCUUCUCAAGAUCUUUUGCCGCUUUGGAGACCGGCCAUGGAAUGCUACUAUAACAAUGUCAUGGAUGUUGGCAGGAAAUUGCUUCGUUUAGUGGCUUUGGCGUUGAAUUUGGAGGAAGACUUCUUUGAACGAGUGGGAGCGUUAAGUGAUGAAGCACCAGUUGUACGCCUGUUACGUUAUCCAGGGGAGUUAAAUCCAUCUGGUGAAGUAACAUGUGGGACCUCUGCUCAUUCUGAUUUUGGAAUGAUAACUCUUCUUGCAACAGACGGAGUUCCAGGGCUUCAAGUUUGUAGAAAUAAAGAUAAAGAACCAAACGUUUGGGAAGAUGUCCCUGGAAUUGAAGGUGCUUUUGUUGUCAACAUCGGCGACCUUAUGGAGAGAUGGACUAACGGGCUUUUCCGAUCAACACUGCAUAGAGUGGUGUCAGUUGGAAAAGAACGUUACUCGGUGGCCGUAUUCCUCGAUCCAGACCCAAACUGUGUUGUGGAGUGCUUGGAGAGCUGUUGUAAUGAAUCAUCUCCUCCAAGGUUCCCACCGGUCCGGGCCCAAGAUUAUUUCCACGAACGAUUCAGCCAAACCCUAGCUUCGUAUUCCACCGGCCUCAAAAUAUAA